UUCCCGGUUGCCGUGAGCUUGCGGUGGGCGGACGGGAACAGACAGCAUGUUCCGAGCGGCAGCCCCUGGGCAGCUGCGGCGGGCGGUUUCCUUGCUACGAUUUCAGAGUACCCUGGUAAUAGCCGAGCAUGCAAAUGAUACCCUAGCACCCAUUACACUAAAUACCAUCACUGCAGCCAAAAAUCUCGGAGGUGAAGUGUCCUGCUUGGUAGCUGGAACCAACUGUGACAAGGUGGCACAGGAUCUUUGCAAAGUAGCAGGUGUAGCAAAAGUACUGGUGGCCCAGCAUGAUGCCUAUAAAGGCCUCCUUCCAGAGGAGCUGACGCCAUUGAUUUUGGCAUCUCAGAAGCAGUUCAGUUACACGCACAUCUGUGCCGGAGCAUCUGCCUUUGGAAAGAACCUUUUGCCCAGAGUAGCAGCCAAACUGGAUGUUGCCCCAAUUUCUGACAUCAUUGCGAUCAAGUCACCUGACACAUUUGUGAGAACCAUUUAUGCAGGAAAUGCUUUAUGUACAGUCAAGUGUGAUGAGAAGGUAAAGGUGUUUUCCGUUCGAGGAACAUCUUUUGAAGCCGCAGCAACCAGCGGAGGCAGUGCCAGUUCAGAAAAAGUGUCAGGCACUUCACCGGUGGGGAUAUCAGAAUGGCUUGACCAGAAACUGACAAAAAGUGACCGACCUGAGCUAACUGGGGCCAAAGUGGUGGUAUCUGGUGGUCGGGGCAUGAAAAAUGGAGAGAACUUUAAGUUGCUGUAUGACUUGGCCGAUCAACUGCAUGCUGCAGUUGGUGCUUCCCGUGCUGCUGUUGAUGCUGGCUUUGUUCCCAAUGACAUGCAAGUUGGACAGACAGGAAAAAUAGUCGCACCAGAACUUUACAUUGCUGUGGGAAUAUCUGGAGCCAUCCAGCAUUUAGCUGGGAUGAAAGAUAGCAAGACCAUUGUAGCCAUUAACAAAGACCCAGAAGCUCCAAUUUUCCAAGUGGCAGAUUACGGACUAGUUGCAGACUUAUUUAAGGUCGUUCCUGAGAUGACAGAGCUACUGAAGAAGAAAUGAGUGCCCAUCUGCCUGAAGGAGGACGGCUGUCUGAGGUUCAGCUGGAGACAUAGGAGUCCGUGGAUGAACUGCACAUUGGAAAGCUUGAGCUGAAUUCCCUAAUUUGGGGGCAAAAAAAUGAAUCUAAGAGCUACCAAAAUGUUUUUUUAUAGGACGAUUCUAUUUUAAUUAAUUUUGGUUCCAAUAUUUAAAAAUUUUUUAACUCUGUAAUACAAUAUAAUAAAGCUUUUCCUUAGCUUUAAAACUA